AUGUUUUAUAUAUUCCAUUUAUUAUAAAUAUGUAGCUCUAGCUUCAGUUAUAUCAACGAUUAGACUCGAUACUCAGUUGUUAGCGAAUGGAACAAUCCAUUAUUUAGUUAUGGGGUUGUUUCAAAAUUAUACCCAUUAGGAGCAAAAUACUAUAUGUAUGAAUCGAUUAAUACUGAUAUAUGCUAUUUUUUGUCGAGUGCCAGACUUUUAGAAGGAAGUUUAUUUUAUCUUCAUUAUGUCGAAUUAUCAAAUUCGUAAUAAAGCAUAAUUCAUCAUUUAUAUUAUUAAUAAGAAAACUAAUGGUUAUAGAACGAGUUUAUUUUUAAUUUAGGAGAGUAUGAAGGAUUAUGGUUUUAACAAUAUAUCAAUUAUAAUAUUAACUCGAAAUCAUUAAAUUUAGAGAUGAGGUGGGGAAACCAUAAUAUAGCAUUAAAAUAAUAUACUUUUAAAGAAUUCGAGUAUUCAAUUUUCAAUUUUGUUAUAGGAGGUUCUUAUUAAGUACUUUGUUAUUAUCAAAUAGGUUGAGCAUCCAAUUACAUUGUCUAUGUUAAAUUUAAAAACCUUCCCUGGCUAAUUAUAAGCAGCUAUUAGCGUCAUAGAAAGAGAUAGGGAAGACGCUUGGGAUGUAUUCUCUGAGAUCAAAUGUUCAGAAACAAGCGUUUUGCUUUUAGGAUAGUUAGAGAUGAGAGAGUUUAACCAGCAUCAAAUCUAUAUGAUUGAAAAUUAGAAUUAAAAAUAUUAUAAAGUAACAUUUUGGGCUAAGAUUUAAAAAGAAUUUGAUCCGGAUGUUGAUCAAAAUAUACAUAUUUUAAGAAUAGUUGCUAACCGAUUUACUACUGAUUUUUAAGCGACAGGAUCUAAUUCAAUUAUUUUAACUUAUGUGUAUUAUUCAGAAUAAAAACGAUGGAUGAUUAGAAUCUAGUAUUAUUCUUAUUUUUUACCAAUCAUUGUAUAAUUUAAAGAUAAUAAUGAUCCAUUCUUAAAAGAAGAUUCUAUAUUUGUUUAAAAUCACUCUCUACUAAGUACAUGGCAUUUCAUUCAAGUUGAAUAUGAUCCGAAAAAUUUAAAUUUUCAUUUAAUUAAUAAAAUAUAGGGCGGAAACAUAGAAAAAAGAUUUCCAAAUGUGAAUUAAUUUUCAAAUAUUUAUUAUCGAUUAUUUUUUGGUGGAUCAAGAGAAGAAUUUAGUACAUUAGGUAGAGCAUUUGGACUGAUUUCAUUUUAUGAUUGUAAUAAUUAAAAUAUCUAAUGCCAUUAUUCAUGCUAAACGUGUAUAGGGCCAUCUUAAAAUUAAUGUUUGAGUUGUCCAGAAUCAAAAAAUAGAAUUUACAAUGAAGUUGAAUAAACUUGUCGAUGCAAAGUAUGGUAUUCGGAAAAAUCAGAUUCUAGUUGCUAAUUUGUUACUUAGAAUGAAGUUACUGUUAGUUUGGAAGAUGCAUUAGAAGAAUAUGAUUAGGAAUUCUGUAAAUUUGGAGAAUUUAGUUUUGAUUAAAUGUGUUUUUAAUGGUAUUUUAAUAUUUAAAUUAGUCCGUCGGCAAGUUAACAAAAUUAGGUCAUCUGCACAGAAUGUUUAAUGAGACCCAUUGACUGGGUAAUAAAAAGUGCUAAUUGUAACAGAACAUACUAUUUGUUUGAUAAUUAAUCUUCGAAUAAUUAUCUUAAAAAAUCAAAUGAUCCUGAAAUGACAAAUUUUUAAUUUUUAUUUGAAAAUGAAGAAUUGAUUCCAUGUACUGGGUGCUAGUUAUGUAAUUAAUCUGAAGAUUAAGAUUGUUAAUUAUCGAAAUAUUACCAUUUGAAUAAAUAGACCUAUAUAAAAUGCUUAGAUAAUUACUUGUUUGAAAAUGGUGAAUGCUCCUAGAAAAGAUUUCCUAAAAUUAAAAAUAAGCCUUGUUAAAAUAAUUGUUAAUAAUGUAAUGAUGAAAGUUGUUUACUGUGUUCGAGUUAAACUUAAUAUUUCAUAAAUUCUAUGGGAUAAUGUUAAUAAUGCUCAAUAAUACAUUGCAAAUAUUGUUUUUAAUAUAAUUAAUACAAUCUUAAAGAAAAUUCAAUCUUAAAAGAUGAAUAAAGUGAAAGUUAGAUUUAUGAUGAUUAUGUAAUUGGAUGUGCACUAUGUUAACAAGGAUAUUCAUUCUCGUAUAAAAAUAAUUUAUGUGUAAAAACUACGUUUGAUAAUAAUUGUCAAUUUUAUAUUGACAGUGAUGGAGAUAUUAUUUGUUAUGCUACACAAUUUGAAUUAUUAAAGAACAAAUUUCAAUAAAUAACUAAUUGCUAAGAUAAGAUUCCUAAUUGUGAAUAAUGUAUCUAUACCUUAUUUGAUUUGAUGGUGUGUAUAUAAUGUAAAUUUGGAUAUUUUAACAACAAUCUAAAUGGAUUGUGCAUUUCUUGUCAAGAGAAAUUUGAGAAUGUUUAAGAAUGUGAGUUAAAUAAUAAAAUGUUAUAAAGGUAUAAAUUAGAAUCUAUAGGAUAUUUAUAAUCAUUAACUUAAGAUUUUUAUGAUUUGAGCUAAUUAUUUAGGAACUUUGACCAAGUCUUAAUCACUAAAUGUUCAAAUAAUCUGGUUUUAGAUAUUUAUUCAAAUAAAUGCAUAUUACCUUGUUCGAAUUGCGAUAAAUGUGAAUAAAUUGAUGGAGAAUAAUAAUGCCUUAAGUGUACUACUACUUCAGAUGAAUAUAUUGGUUUUUAUUCAUAAAUUUCUGGUAAUUGUUACUAAUGUCCUUAUCCAUGUAGAUUUUGCCUUCCACUUGACAGUGAUUUAGUUCAUGUAAAAAUUUAAAUAAUAUUAGAAAUACAAUCCAUACUUUCUACUUAAUUCGACGAGUAUUAAAUAAACUUAUAAAUGUCUAGCAAACUUUGAUAAUAAUUUAACUUAUAUUGAUCUAAGGAGUGGGUUAAUCUAACCUUUUAAUAAUGAAACAAAAUUGAAAUAACAAUUUAUAAGCAGUAGCAAACAAAAAUCUAGUUCCAUAUUUGAUGGUAACUUCAUUUUAUAAAAAAGCAUUUCGAACUAUUAUUAUAUUAUAGAAAAUACGAUUCCGAAUUAAGAAUAUCUUUUAAAUGAUUAUUAUGCCUUAAAAAAUUACACUGCCACAAUUAUUGUUGAGGCUGUCGAUAUAGGAUAGGGGUUUGUCGAACUUUUUAAUAUAACUAACUUUCACAUAUUCAAUAGUAUUUAUAAGCUUAAAGGUUCUUAUAUUGCAGUGACGACUGUUUAUGGCGUUGAUGUGAUUGUUUAAAACCUAACAAUAGGAAAUGAAAUAGCUAAAUAUUUCUUAACAAUUAAUGUCUCAUCUGAAGUAUAAAUUAGUGUGUUGUUAGUAGAAAAUGUAUAUUUAAAUGAAUCAACUAUAAUAACAAUAAAUAAUUUCUUUAAAAAUGCUACCAUUUAAAUGAAUAAUUUGUAAUUUAGAAAUUGUACUUUCUAAAAUAGUUAAUUUUUUUAUUUUGCAUCUGAUAAAUUUAAUAAAAUAUUGAUUAAAUCUGUUAAAAUUUAGAAUUGCACCUUCAAAAAUAGUGUUUUCAUAAAUUAAUUAUUAUAAAAUCGUAAUUAACAAUAUGAAAUUGAAGAAUUUUUUAUUGAAAAUAGUGUUUUAGACAACAGUUCAAUAUUCUGUAUUUCAAAAACUUAAAAUAUGAUUUUAAUUCGUAAUGUAAAACUAUUGAAAUCAUUUUUAAAUAAUUCAACAAUAAUCUCGACUUUUUCUUCUCUAAACUUAGAGACUAUUCGCAUAUUAGAUACUAUUGCAAUUAACAGCAGGAUCUUUUAUCACUAAUUUGAAUAAAUCUAAACUUUUUUUUUAAUAAAUCAAUUAUAAUGCUCAAAUUUGCAAUUAAAUGGAACUAAUAUUUUAUAAAUUAUAUCUUUGUCUCAAAAUAUAAAUAUAGACGUAAUUAUUCAGAAUUCUCAAUUCUAAAGGGUUGAUUAAAUAUAUUCUAAAGGUAAAAUAAGUGAUAAUUUUAUCUUCUAUAUUCAAAAUGCAAACUUAUACACAAAUCACAUUGUAAUCUAAAAUGAUGAGAUAUUUCAGUUCUUAGGCAUAGAAGACUGUUCUAAUAUUGUUGUAGAUGAUUUAUUAAUUGAAAAUAAGGAUAAAUAAUAGGGUAGCUAUUAAUCAACAAAAAAUUCAAAUAACAUUUAUUAGAAUUAAUUAAUUUAUAUUUCAAACUUUGAAAAAUUAGAAUUAAUAUCAGUGAAAAUUGUAGAAAUGAUUUAAAUUGUUGAUCCUUUAAUUUAAAUUAGAUCUGAUGAGUCCGGGAAAAAAUAAGUGUAUAUCAAAAAUUUAAUAAUUCAAAAUUAUUAAAGUUUAAAUUUAAUAAAGUCGAUUCACUCAGUAAUCCACAUUUAAAUCGAUUCUGAAUCUAUAAUUGAAUUAAGAAAUUGCCUCUUUUACUUUAAUUAAUUUUGGUAUUAAGAGCCAAACCAAGAUUUAUUAUAAUCUUCUCUAAUAUAAAUAAAAUCACCUAAAUCAUAGAUUAUUUUAGAUAAUUUAAAGUUUGAAGAUAUUAUGGUUUACAAUUCUUCAGAAACAAUUAUUCUUUUUGAGGCUAAUUCAAUAUUAGCAUCAAAUUUGAAUGUUAAAUAUAUUAAUUUUGAUUUUUAAAAUUCAAUUAAGUCUUUGAGUGGCUUUGCUAUUUUUUAAGCAGAAUUUAUUAAUCUUACUAACUCUCAAUUUUUUGAUGUGAAUAGUAUUUUUUAUGGGUUCAUUUAUAUUUAAUUAAAAUAAGAAGGAAAAGUAAUACUCAACAAAUGCAUCUUUGAUAAUACACUUUUAGCAUCUCAUUUGGAAUAUUUUACCUAAUUAGGAGGCGUAUUAACUAUUGAUGCUUCAUAAUCUACAAUUUAAUUAAAUUUCACAGAUGUUUCAGCCAAAAAUAUUUUUACAUAAUAAAAGAGCGCUUUUUUACAUCUGAUACCAUCUUCAUUAACUAAUUUUAUCUUUAUGAAGUGUCUCUAAUUUAUUAACCUAUACUCUUAAGAAAAUACUUUUGGUAAAUUUGACUUUUCUUCCAAUAGUAAAAAUAACAAGAUCUUUCUUUAUUAUAUUACUUUCAACAAUACUGAUGAAUAAGUGAAAAAUAAGUUAGCCACAUAUACCAAUACUCAAAAUUCAAGUAAUUUAGAUGGCAUAAUUACAUCAAGUUUUAGGUAAUUUAAUUAAUAAUUCUAGUCCUGUGAUAAUAUUUCAUUUUCAUUAUACCGGUUAUUUGAAUUAACCAAUUUGUAGACUAAAAAAUGGUGAUUUAAGAUUAAAGUAAUUUUUCUUAAUCUCUAUUAUGAUAAUUAGUGAACUUUCUCAUUUAGCUAGUGUUGAAACAAGUUUAAUGAAGAACAUAUUUAUCGAAGAUUUUAUUCUUUUUAAUAUUGAAUCUUAAAUGCAAUUGCGUUAUUUCUUCAAAUUAAAUCAAACUUAAUAGUCUUAGUAUUUGAGAUUUAGGAAUUUUAAACUUAUUAAUAUUAAAUGUCCAUUUUGCUAGAAUGGAUUGACAAUGUUCCUAAGUGAUUCAAAUCAUUAAAAUAUUUUAUUUUCUAAUAUUUAUUUUGUAAAUAAUAAUUGUGGAUAUAAUAGUUGUUUUAUAGNAAUUAUUAAAGUUUAAAUUUAAUAAAGUCGAUUCACUCAGUAAUCCACAUUUAAAUCGAUUCUGAAUCUAUAAUUGAAUUAAGAAAUUGCCUCUUUUACUUUAAUUAAUUUUGGUAUUAAGAGCCAAACCAAGAUUUAUUAUAAUCUUCUCUAAUAUAAAUAAAAUCACCUAAAUCAUAGAUUAUUUUAGAUAAUUUAAAGUUUGAAGAUAUUAUGGUUUACAAUUCUUCAGAAACAAUUAUUCUUUUUGAGGCUAAUUCAAUAUUAGCAUCAAAUUUGAAUGUUAAAUAUAUUAAUUUUGAUUUUUAAAAUUCAAUUAAGUCUUUGAGUGGCUUUGCUAUUUUUUAAGCAGAAUUUAUUAAUCUUACUAACUCUCAAUUUUUUGAUGUGAAUAGUAUUUUUUAUGGGUUCAUUUAUAUUUAAUUAAAAUAAGAAGGAAAAGUAAUACUCAACAAAUGCAUCUUUGAUAAUACACUUUUAGCAUCUCAUUUGGAAUAUUUUACCUAAUUAGGAGGCGUAUUAACUAUUGAUGCUUCAUAAUCUACAAUUUAAUUAAAUUUCACAGAUGUUUCAGCCAAAAAUAUUUUUACAUAAUAAAAGAGCGCUUUUUUACAUCUGAUACCAUCUUCAUUAACUAAUUUUAUCUUUAUGAAGUGUCUCUAAUUUAUUAACCUAUACUCUUAAGAAAAUACUUUUGGUAAAUUUGACUUUUCUUCCAAUAGUAAAAAUAACAAGAUCUUUCUUUAUUAUAUUACUUUCAACAAUACUGAUGAAUAAGUGAAAAAUAAGUUAGCCACAUAUACCAAUACUCAAAAUUCAAGUAAUUUAGAUGGCAUAAUUACAUCAAGUUUUAGGUAAUUUAAUUAAUAAUUCUAGUCCUGUGAUAAUAUUUCAUUUUCAUUAUACCGGUUAUUUGAAUUAACCAAUUUGUAGACUAAAAAAUGGUGAUUUAAGAUUAAAGUAAUUUUUCUUAAUCUCUAUUAUGAUAAUUAGUGAACUUUCUCAUUUAGCUAGUGUUGAAACAAGUUUAAUGAAGAACAUAUUUAUCGAAGAUUUUAUUCUUUUUAAUAUUGAAUCUUAAAUGCAAUUGCGUUAUUUCUUCAAAUUAAAUCAAACUUAAUAGUCUUAGUAUUUGAGAUUUAGGAAUUUUAAACUUAUUAAUAUUAAAUGUCCAUUUUGCUAGAAUGGAUUGACAAUGUUCCUAAGUGAUUCAAAUCAUUAAAAUAUUUUAUUUUCUAAUAUUUAUUUUGUAAAUAAUAAUUGUGGAUAUAAUAGUUGUUUUAUAGUCAAAAGCAAAUCAAUCAAAUUUUAUAAAUCGAAGUUUGUGAAUAAUUUAGCGUAAUCAAAUGGGAUACUGUAAUUUUAAAAUAGUUCAAUCAAGUUAAAUUAAAUUGUAUUGAAAAAUAAUUUUGUAUUAAAUAUUGCUGGAGCCAUUUAUUUGUCCAAUUCUUCAAUUAUUGCAAAUCAAAUCAUUAUAAUAAAUAAUAGUGCUAAAAUUGGUGGGGCGAUGUUUAUUGAAGAAAAUAAGUUGGAAAAGAAUACAAUAAUUAAUUUUAUGCUGUAUGAAAACAAGGCUUUAGAGGGAUUAAACAAUAUAAAGGAGGAAGCUGAUUUUUUGAAACUAUAAAUUUAUGGAGUUGUUCUAAAGACUAAAAGAUAAGAGAUGGGACAUUUAGUAGUCGAUAGUCCAGAGUAUUUAGUUAAUUAUAAGAAAUUACGGAUUAAUGAUACAUAUAUUAAAGUUGCAAGUGGACAGAUGCUAAAAGAUUUCUAAAUAUUUGAUAAAUCUCAAAUGCAAUAUGUAAAAAACAAUAUCUCUCUUAGAAUAGAAAUAUAUACUUAACUUGGAGAAAAAUUAAUAGAUAACUAUAAUAAUAAAUGUUAUUUUGAAUAAUUGUAUGUUGAUAAAGAAAAAGGUUAUCAAUUAUAGGAGAUUUUGAUUAGCUCUCAAUUAGAGAAUGUAACAAUAUCAUCUUUUAAUACUGAAACGCAAUCUUAUAAUUUAGAUAAUAUGAUGUUUAAUUUAGAUCCAUAUUCUACUCAGGAGAUAUAUUUACUAGUAAAAUCAUAUUGUGAAGGCAUGAGUGAAAAUCAUUUAUUCACUUUUAAUGUUAAGACAUUAAAAUGUCAAAUUGGUGAAUACUACAGUAACCAAUAAUGUUUAAAAUGUGAUUUUGAUAAAGGAUAUUAUUCAGUAGAAAAGGAUUCAAUUGAAUGUUAAAGAUUAGAUCCCAAGAAAAUCAAAGCUGUAACAUCUUAAUCAAUAGAACUAUUGCCAGGCUUUUGGAGAUAUUCUUAUUAUUCACAUUAUAUAGAAGAAUGUGAAAAAAUUGAAUAAUGUAUUGGAGGUUGGAAAAUAAAUUACGAGUCUUGUAAAACAGGUUCGAUAGGAGCAAUCUGCAAAGAAUGUGAUCUUUAUAAUAUAAGAGGAGAUUCUGCAUAUUUAAAAUCACUUUUUGGAGAAUGUGAAAAAAGGGAAUUGUAGCCAAUAAUCAUCAUAAUUACUUUGAUCUUAAUGAUAUUGUAACAUAAUGAAUUAUUAAAUUAGAACCUUAGUAGUUACUUACAAAAUCUCAGGAUGUAAAUAUGAAAUGAAUUUACUCUAUAGAAGUCUAAAAUUAAAGACAAAACACUUCAAGUUGUUAUUUCGAUGCCAAAUCGGUAUAGUUUUUACUUUAUAAUUUAAGAUCAAUUUUCCACAUUGAUAAGAUUACUUGUACAUUAAAUGUAAAUUUUAUAUCCUUUACUUCCUACCCUAAGUUUUGAAUCUUACUUUUCUUAAAUUAUUUGGCCUAUUGGAAAAUCUUCUAAAUCUUUGUUGUUCUUAGUCAAUUUUGUUGCUGAUUAAUUUUAGAUAUCUAUCAUUUACUUAAAAGUAAUUUGGGCAAUCUUGAUACCUAUUGGAUAAAUAUUAUUGCUUGGACUCUUGUAUUCAAUGUGUUCAAAAUUAUUUAUUGAUAGAAACAGAAGUUACAAAUACACUCUAACUUCAUUUCUCUUCAUACUAUUUUAUUCGAUGCCAAACAUUAUUGAAGAGUAUAAAUAUUGUUAUUAUUUAGGUUAUCAUCCUUGACGUCCUCCAGAAGAGUUGUAAAUAUAGAAUGGAUAGAAGCUAAUAUGGCAUAUAAAUUUGAAACAGACCAACAUUAUACAUGGAUUUUUUACUUUAUUCUACCUAUAUUGUUAACUCUUUUUUUCACUAUUCCAUUUAGUACAUUAAUUUUAAUCAGGAAAAUACAUAAAUCAAUUCAUAAAAUUGAUCCAACAGCUGGAAUUUAUGGAUUUCUAUGUAAUGAUUACAAGGAAUAACUAUACUAUUGGGAGUUAGUCAAUUUAGAAAUGAGAUAAAUAAUAAUAGUAAUACAUGCUUAUGUCAAUGAUUUAAGAAUUAUAUACAAAAACUUGAUGGUCAUUUUAAUCUUAUUUAUAUACUUUGUUGCAAUAUCUCUAAAGAGGCCGUAUGAGAAAUCAAAUAUCAAUAAGAUAGAAUAAGUGGGGUUAUUUUUAUGCUCAAUAUUUGUGUGCUUCAGUAGUUUAUCUUAUGAAACUAAAGUUGAAGGUUUAAUGGAAGUGUAAUUUAUUGCAGAAUUAAUAAUGAUAAUAAUAUUGUUAUUCUUGAUGAUUUACAUCUUCUCUCAUAUCUUGUAAACCUUUAUCAGGAAAAAUGAUGAAUAUUUUGAUAGAUUUCGGAAGAUUAUUUUACAAAAACUGCCUAAUAUUAUUUAAUGUUUCCCUAUUAUUAGAAAGUGUCUAAUUUCAAAGGCAGAAAUCCGUCGAAAUGUAGAAAAACGAUUUCUUUUGAUUAAGCAACAUUUAAAGAUUCAUAGAUAAAAUAACCCAAGAAGUCUUCGAUAGACAAUUAAUUUCAAUAGUGAGGAUACACAUGUUAUAAUGUCCUAGAUUCAGAGAUCAGAUCAUCGUAAUUUAAUAAUGUCAUCUUAUUUAUAUUGAGAUGAGUUUAAAGUUUGGAGUGUUUUAGAAACUCAAAUCUGAUAAAUAUAUAUAUAUAAAUUUUAUUUGUGAUGUAAGAAGGCAAAAAGUCAAAAUAAUUCUUUGGGAAGGACAUCAUGAAUCUUCUAAAAUUAAUGGUUCCUGAGAAGAGAUUUUGUAUAAUAGGAAUGACUGUAGUUGGCUUGAAUAGUGCAUUACUUCUCUAUUUACCUUAAGUGACAACUGAUAUAGCAAAAUUGCAAGAAUUAAAAUAUGAUCAAGAAAACAAAGAAAAAAGUUAAUAGACCAAUUUAUAUUACCAUGUAAAAUGGGGAGGUGUAUGCCUGCUUGGAAUGCUUUUGGGAGGGGCUCGUAGAUUCUUAAAUACAUAAAUAAGCAAUAGAGUAGGAAUGAGAAUGAGAUAUGCUAUGUUUUAGAAAUUAAUGAGUACUAGAGAAACUCAGUAGUUGCAUUCACAAUAAUUAGUUCAUAAAUUAUCAAAUGAUGUUAGUCUGGUGUCAACAGGAUUAUCCUAAGACAUCUUUGUAAUGAUUCGAGGAUUCAUUACUACAUUAGGAGGAGCAGCUUAUUUAUCAUAUUAUGCAUUUCCUUUAUUGGCAUCUGCAAGUGCUGCUGCAGCUGUUAUGGGAGGAUCAGCAGUUUUAUUAGGAAAAUAUAUGUCAUAAUUUAAAGUCAAAGAAACUCAAGAAUUAGGAUCUUUAAGCGAAGUAUCAUAAGAAAUGCUACAAGCACAUAGAUUAAUUAAAUUAUCUGACAUGGAAUAGAAAGAAAAUCAAAGAUAUUCAGCAUAAUUAUUUAGAUGGUAUGAAUAAGCAACAUAAUUUUCAAAAAUGCAGGCUUUAAAUAUGGGAUUGAUGGAAGGAGGAGGCUUAUAUGCCCUGAUUUUGAUCUUAUUCUAAGGCUGUUAUCUAGUUGCCACUGGACAUCUAGAUCCAGAGUUAGCCAAAUAUUUUAUUUAAGCAGUUUACAUGGCAUCAGGAACUAGAGUAAUGAUAGCUAUCUAUAACGAAUUGGUUAAGACUGCUGCUAUUUAUAAAACUAUACUUGAUAUACAUCCAAGUCUUCAUGAUUCUGAAUUGUAUAAUCAACCAGAUCUAACAAAGAAUUAUAGAGAAUAUAUCAGAUAAGAUGAUAUUUUGAAGGCAAAAUUGCUUAAUCCACCUUAAAGUACUGAACAUACUAAAGAAUGGUAAGAAUUAUAUGAACACUCAACAAUUCCACCACCAAGUAUUUCAUUUAAAAAUGUUCGAUAUUCCUAUUAAAAUCAUGAGAACUCUACAUUAACAUUCAACUUGUAAAUCAAUUCAGGUGAGAUUGUACUAUUAUAGGGACCAAGUGGAUCAGGUAAAACUACUGCUCUGAAUUUAUUGACUAAAUUAUUAACUCCAUCAUCAGGUGAAAUAUUAAUUGAUGGAGAACCUCUAUCAAAGAAAGAUUUUAAGUGGAUUCAAUAACAUGUUUCUUAUGUUUAAUAAGAUGGAAUUAUAUUUAAUGCUACUGUCUAUGAGAAUAUCAUUUAUGGUAAUCAUGGGUAUGAUCAGAGCAUGGAAAGAGUUAUUUGGGCAGCUAAAUUAGCAAGAGCACAUGACUUCAUUGAGAAUAUGCAGAAUAAAUAUUAGACUAAAUUAAAAUCAGAUGGAACAACCUCCUUAUCAGGAGGAUAGAAAUAAAGAAUUGUAUUAGCAAGAGCAAUUCUAAAGAAUCCAAAAAUUCUCAUUCUAGAUGAAGCAACAUCUAAUAUUGAUAGCCUAUCUGAAACUGAUAUCAUAUAAGCUUUAAUGUAGAUUUGCUAAGACAAAACAGUCAUUAUUGUUUCGCAUAAAGUUGAAAAUUAUAAACCAUUAUUAACAAGAGUAAUUAAUUUGGAUGGAUGA